CGUUCCCUUCGUCCACCAUACCCCACUUCGUUGUAGGUAUGGUAGUAGUCGAUAUGUCACUGUCGAUUACAGCACUGAGCUCGCAUGUGUGUCAUCCUCACCGCAGAACGUACAAAUUAGUUUUAAAUGAGGGAGACGUCCUAUUCGUGCCCAGACAUUGGUGGCAUGCAGUGCAUUCGGACACCACGUCAAUAGCCAUCAAUAUGUGGGUCGAGACUGCUGAGGACCAUGCAGAGCGCGUGAACGAGAGCGUGGUCCGUCUGCUUGCUACUGGUUUGAUGGCCUGGACAGGUGACAAAAGUACCGAACCUCGGCAAAGCGGGGUGCGUAUGGACCCUGUCGAUGAACAAAGAGGGCCGGACCAGCCCGGAGCCUCGAUCAGGCAGACUGUUCAAAGUGAGAAAGUUGGUCUUACAAACUCCCCAAGGUCUACUAACGCAUAUGCGAAUAGACAGGACUGGAUGAACACUGGGGAAACCCAGCUGGAGGCUGACGAAUGCGUAGCACUGGUAAACGAGGCAAUCAAAAGCCAUCUAAGACACAGGGGGAAUAGCAGCGGUAGUCACAACGCACGCCUAUCACGAGAUACUUCUGAGACGAAUAACGUAGUGGCAUCCAGUAGUCAUGGUGCUGGGGCCAACUUUGAGGAGAAGGUAACGUCACAACACUCAGAGCCGACACAGACACCUGUUAAGAAUCAUGGAUAUGUGCAUAAGCGACAUACGACUCCAGAGGCUGCGAUCAAUAGCUCAGCUAAGAGACGGAAACCCAACUUGUACGAUCAAAUGACCACCGAAGCAGGUUACAAGUCAAGCACCAUGCCAUACGAUAGGUCAGCAAUCAAAACGGACGAUAACCCACUAACCACCACAUAUGAGAUGACAACGACCGACACAGAGGAUACGGCCAAGCCCACCGCAGAUACCCAUCCCACAACACACGCAGAUAACAAGUCAUCACACAAUAUAGAUGUGUCAGCUGUCACACCAGAUAUUGAGUCAACAGUCAGCACAGAUGAAAAGUAUACAACCACAUCAAGCACCUUGGUCGCACUGUCUCCGGAGAAAGGCACUGUGCAGCAAAAAGUUGAUCUAUCAUUGACCCAGAUCACUAACGCGAUAGUCAGCGAUCCUACAGUCGUACAGGCGAUAUCUCGCGCAUUGGUAAGGCUAUACGAAUCCGAAUCGGCUCGCCAAUGAUAAAAACUAAAGCCAUUACAUACGCGAAAUAUUAUAUUUAUUAGUUCUGCGAUUCAAUGAAAUAUAUAUUGGGUUGCAUGAUGUUCCGAUUCCAUUGAAACGCUAUCUCUAAAUUUUCUUAUCUCUUAGUCAUCUAUAAGGAGCCAGGCGGACAGUCUCGAACGCGACACGAACCCCAACAUAGCAUUACAUGUCUCACUUGAAUCAAGACAUUGCGUUACUACACCUAUUUUAGGAACAAUUCUGUGCCAUUGAAGUGGAGGUACAGACUAAAUAUCAGCUCGCGUUCGGUCGCACCUGCAGUUGUGGAUGUAUUGCGCGCCGUCCCACCCUCUACAAGCUACUACGUUGUCAGUAUACUUAUUUACGUAUUCCAAUUUGGCUGGGACAUGCAACCUACAGCCGCCGAGCCCCCGCAUGGGGAUCGCGAAAGUGUCUGAUAUGUCCAAUUUUUGAGUACGUGAUCGAUAUUGAUAUACACGAUUAAAGCUAUACUUAGAGUUUGCCUGAUGGCGCCAGUACCAGCCGCUCACGAGAACUGCUGC